AUGCAAGCUGUACGGCGUGCAGCGAAGAGUCAUCUUCUACGGAAUGCACUGUUUGUGGGCACGACCUAUGCAGUGUCCGAGUUCACGCAGCAGACCAUCAUUGCUGACUCGUACGAUUUCCCAAGAAUAAUCCGAUUCGGAAUAUGGGGAGGAUGUUUUAACGGACCGUUUAACUACAGAUGGUAUAAAUUCUUGGACGCUAUUCUACCGGGAGCCGCUGUCAAGACCGUGGUAACGAAGGUGUUUCUCGAAAAGUUCACGGCAACGCCUACUAUACUGUAUUCUUUUUACGUCGUUAUGUCCAUAUUGGAAAGGAAAGAUGACAUUUUCACAGAAGCUAAUCAGAAAAUAAUUCCGACGUACUUAGCCAGCUGGGGAUUUUGGGCUCCAGCACAGGCAAUCAACUUUUACCUAGUCCCUCCAGUUUACAGAGUUGUGUAUGUCGGCACUGUUGCAUUCAUCUGGGCCAACUUUCUAUGUUUUAUGAAGAGACAGCCCCAAGUGACUGUGCCUCUUAGUAUGAGUUUGGUGCGUGGUGAAGUUAGCGCUGAACUGUUAUGUGUUGUGUUACAGUUUUGUGGGGGUGUAUCAAGAGUCGUGAGUUUUGCGCCUCAAUUUCAUGGUCGAGCCAAUUGA